GGUUCUUCCUCAUUUUGGGCUUGUUUAUCUAGUUAUGUUCUAGUUCUCUUGCAUGACAUUCCUAUUUUGCUAAAACUUAUUUUUCUGUCAAAUUGCAAAACCUAGAACAUUUACUACCACACCUAUCCUAUCCACCAUUUAAAUCUAAAUAUUAAAUUAGCACAUCUUAGCGACAGGAUAAUUCUCAACAUCCGUCGAUCAGAUUACUUUAGGAUUAGAACGACUGUCAUACGUGUUUGCAACCUAAUUUCUUAUAGUGACUAAUCUCCUACUUUAAUUCUGAAAUAACCAAAGUGCAAAUUAGUAAUAUUUAAUUUUAAGUUAUUUUUGUGAAAACUUGCUGAUUUCCGAAUUCAUAGUAGAUUGCAUUAGUAGGUUGUCCUGCAUUGCAUUUGGUAAGUUAGGGUUUUUGUUAGUUGCAUUGCAUAGCAUAUCUCCAACUAAAGUAGUCCCUGCAUGCCAACCCGUAGUGGUAGAGAGUACCUCCUCACCGAUUCUCAGACCCCUUUAUCCACCAUGGACCUCAGAGUUCUACAAGAUAUUUUGGAACAAUUAGCUGCAUUACGAGCUGACCAAGACGAAUUCAAACGAGAGAUCCAUGCUCUAGUGCAACAUCCUAGGAAUCCUGAACGGUCAACCCCAAUCGCAGCUUAUCCCGAGCUUGGUUUGGCCACACCACCUGUAGCUUUUUCCUAUCCCCCUAGGAACCAACUUCCUCCUGAUCACCAGCGCGAUCUUGACGAGCGACUACUUCGUACCGUACGAGUAGAUGCCCCCACAUUUGCUGGUCAAUUAGAGCCGAGCGUGUACCUUGAUUGGAGAGCAACCAUGGAUAAUUAUUUUGAGUGGUACGACAUGACUGAUGAUAGAAAAGUACGGUUUGCUAAAAUGAAGCUUAUUGGGCAAGCUCGCUGGUACUGGCAUAACGUUGAACAUAUGCGUGAGACCCAAAGGCUUCCUCGUAUCACCACCUGGGAGGAUAUGAAAGAAAAAUUGAAUGAGAAGUAUCUGCCAUUCUCUUACCGACAACGCCUUAUGGAUAGGUGGCAUAAACUAGCUCAAGGGACUUCAACCGUUGCCGAUUACAUUGCACGAUUUGAGGAGUUUCACAUGAGGUGCGGUGUAAUCGAAGAGGAGACUGUUACUCUCUCUAGGUUUCGGGCAGGACUCCGCGAGGAGAUCCAGAAAGAACUAAUCCUCCGAGAGAUUACUACUCUUGGCCAAGCAUACCAGUUGGCGCAAGAUGUAGAUAGUUUCUUACAAGCCCCUGUAGUGAGGCGUACCGACCAUCGACUCAUGGCCCCAGGAGCCCGACCUAAUCAAAACUACCUCCCACAACCUAGGCAGCUUCCCAAUCCUUCUAACCAGCCCGGCCCUAGCCAAGCACCGAUUCGGACAUCCCCGAUACCUGUCCAGAACUCUUCAAAUGAUAAAGAAAAGGGCAUACUAGGUCCCAAUCCUCGUUCUAGAAGCCAAACCCAAUGUUUCAGACUUUCAGGUGCCAAAAGUUUGGCCAUAUCGCAUUCCAAUGUAAUGCCAAGACCUAUCUAAUGACUGAACUUGAAGUAGGGACCCAGGAGACUGAAUGUGUCGAAGAAGUCUACGAACCAAACAUCGAGAAUUUUGUAGAAGACUUUGGAAACGAACAGACCGUAUUAGAGUUUAUCCAGUCUGAACCCCAAAAUAGCCCACUGAUCGGAAUGACCAAAAUCCUAGGCUUCAUGUGGUUCGGUGUACUCUAGCUCAAACCAAGACCGAACAAGAUUGGCGUAGAACCUUCCUAUUUUACACGUUUCUUAAGAUCAAUGAUAACAUGCAAAAUCCUAUUUGAUAGCGGGAGUUGCAUCAACGCCAUUGCGUCUGGAGUUGUUUCCCGCCUCGGCUUGAAAUCUACCCCUCAUCCCAACCCAUAUAAGGUAGCCUGGGUAGAUAAGACAUCCAUCUCGGUGUCGGAAAGAUGCCUUGUUCCGAUUCAAUUUCUAUCUUAUAAAGACGAGAUCUGGUGCGACUGCCUUCCGAUGGACGUAGGUCAAGUCAUUCUAGGGAGACCUUGGUUAUACGAUAGGGACGUCACACUUCAUGGACGUUCGAAUUCGUGUAGCUUUAUGUUCCAGGGUCGGAAAAUUAUACUGAACUCAUUGCCUCCUCGAGAGCCCGCUUCUACAAAAAAGAGUGCUACCCUACGGAAAGAUAAAUCACUUCACAUCAUUACUUCGAACGAGGUAAUGAAAGAUAUCGACAACCAAUCACCUGUGUUUAACCUUGUGACUAGAGUUAUCAAUGUGGAGUCGAAUCCGGAGCACCCACCCGCAGUAGUUUCCCUAUUGGAGGAGUUUCACUCUGUUUUCUCUCAGGAUCUUCCAAAUACACUUCCUCCGAUGCGUGAUCUCCAGCACGUCAUUGACCUCAUUUCUGGAGCAUCCGUGCCAACUUUUCCCCAUCAUAGGCUCAACCCAAACGACCACACCGAACUGAAAUGUGAAGUUGACAAACUCCUCAAUUGAGGGUAUAUUCGUGAGAGUUUGAGCCCCUGUGCUAUACCCACACUCCUCACCCCCAAUAAAAUUAUGGUUAAGUAUUGUUUUCCCAUCCCUAGGCUGAACGACCUCUUAGAUUUUAUGUCUAGUGCCACGAUCCCAUGGCAAGAUGUCAGUAUGGACUUCGUGUUGGGACUUCCUCGUACCUAUAUCAAGCACGAUUCCAUAUUUAUGGUUGUGGACCAUUUUUCAGAUAUGGCUCCUUUUCUCCUAUGUCCUAAGACUUCUAACAAUUCUAGAGUUGCCAAACUUUAUUUCAAUGAAGUCGUUAGACCUCUUGACCUUCCAAAACCUAUUAUAUCUGAUAGGGAUGUUAGAUUUGUGAGUUCCUUUAGGAAAAUUCUUGGACACAUGAUUGGCACUAAAUUAAAAUUUUCGUCGGCCUAUGCUAGGACCUGGGAUUUAGUGUUACCGACCGCUGAGUUUGCAUAUAAUAGUUCGGUCAAUAGGUCCUUAGGCGUGAGUCCUUUCGAAGUGGUGAAUGAAUAUAAACCUAGGCAGCCAUAGACUUGAUUUUCAUGUCUCAUCAACAUAGAGUCUCUGAGUCUGCACAAUCAUUUGUAUCACACAUGCAUUCAUUGCAUCAGAAAAUCAGCAAACAUAUUCACUCUAAUAACUUAAAAUAUAAAUUCCUUGCUGAUUUGCAUAGACGUUAUAAAGAAUUGAAUGUAGGCGAUUAUGUCAUGAUAAGAAUUAGACCUGAACGACUCCCUUCGGGAAUGUUCAAAAAGUUACAAUCUCGUAGUGCGGGACCGUUCAAAGUCCUAAAGAAAAUCAGUUCGAAUGCUUAUGUUGUAGAUCUUCCUGAAGACUAUGGGAUUAGUGCGACAUUUAAUAUUGAAGAUUUAGUCCCAUACAAGAAGUCAACAUUCAUUCCUUCUGACCCUUUUGUUGAUACACCCGCUUUUGUUGAUCACCUUGACCCAGCACCUGCUAUUGAGCCUCCACCUCCAAAGUUUCAUGCACGCAGAGAACACAUAGAACAUAUAUUAGAUGAGCAGGUUAUAUCUACCAGGAGAGGAAAUUACCAACGUUACCUUGUUCGGUGGAAAGGUCGAUCCGAAUCGGAUGUGACGUGGAUUUCGAGAGCUGAGUUGCAGCACCUUGACCCUGACCUUCUGGAGCAGUACGACAGCCGGUCAGACCUGCACUUGACGGGGUCGAGUUCUUCCCACCCGGGAGGAGUUGAUGGGGACAUCGGACCUGAUUAUGUCCCCGCCUAGUCCACCAUCUUAGUACAUAUUUAUUUUAUUUUGUUUUUGGGCUUGUUUGCAUUUUAGGGAUCAUUUGUGUAUUUUGGAUUUAUUGGGAAUUAUUCUUGUGUAAGGGGGUUUAUUUUAAUUGUUCUUAUUGGGCCCUAUUUAUAGGAAACUUUGAUGGUAAUUAGGGUUAAUGCAGAAUUAAGAACUUUUCCCCCACGUUUCCCUCUUUUCUCUUCCUUCUCCUCUUUCUUCUUCCUCUCCUCUUCUCCCUCUUCUCUUUCUCUCCCUUUCUGUCUUAUUUCUUCCCUUCUUCCCUCCCUGUUCUUCUCCUUCACAUUCCUCUAGUUUACGUUACAGCAGCCAUUCCCAUUUGGAUCUACGUCAACCCCGCUGCAACAGCCUGACCGUGAUCAUCCGCCAUUAGCUACUCUUGGAAACCGCUUUUUUUGCUUGGAUGCCCCUGCUUGCUUAGCUUUGCUAGGUGGCUCAACUUGGUCCACCAUUCUAACUAACCCUACCUCCCUAACUUGACUAGGUACUAUGGUGAUCUCUUCUUAGCAUCUCUUUGUCAUAUCUAUGGGAGAAUAUCUCGAAUAUAGAGCCUUGCGAUGAUGAUCGGCUCCCCCCAACCCCUGUGGUUGCUUGACUGGUUGUGAGCAUGGCAUGUGUUGCUCUGCUCAUUGCUCUAGAUUCACCUCAGCCUCUUUUUCUAUGAAACUAACUGGUCGAGGAGGCGAUCCUGACUCAUUGAGCCCUAGUUGCUGCUACUGCUGCUGCUGCUAUUCUUUAAACCAAGGAAUUAUUGAAUCUUCCUCGUCAUAUACAAAAUCAUUGUAAAAUGGAUAAUCGUACUUCAGCUCCACCUUCUCUUGGAUGCAUUUCAAUCUAAGCCUUUAGACUAUAGUGCACAUAUGCCAACUCAUUCUGUUGCUUUUGUGUUAGGUAGUUCCUCAGUUUUCUAUGAAUUAGGACGAAGGUUGACUAAUUGCACUCACAACCACUGGAGGAGACCAUUUGUGAGUGGAUCCGAAUAGCUAACUUGUUAGGUUUUUCAUAAUAGUGCAAAGUGGAACCAUCAUUCGGCGAAUGUAAUCAAGUAAAUUGCAUAUUAGAUACUAUUUAUUAUAAAAUAUUAGAUCAGUUAUAGUCUGUGUCCAAAAAUAUCUGGAUUCUGUAUUUGUUGCCACAGCUGCGCUCUUACCAAAGUUGUGGGAGCUCUUUCUUAAAGUUUGAGUCUGUGAAACAAACACGAUAUAUGAUGUCAAUGGUCUGCUUGAAUUGACAAAGUAACGAUCCCAUAUCCUAUUAAAAUUAAUUUACAUCCUCCAGACAUCUAGCAGCAAUGACCAGAUUAGACUCCAUCUUAUAGAUAACAUUGUACAUGGCGGUCAACAGUUCCUCGUCCAUAUCCAUUUUCGAGACAUUGUAUUAGAUGUUUGGGUUGAGAAAGUAGGUUGCCAAGAUGUGUUAUUGAUUUAUUUAACAAAUCUAUGAUUGCACUUGAAUUUUAUUUUAUAGGAGUAAACAACUAUUGAGAAUUGCACUUGGAUUUCUUGCUAGAUGCAACUUCUUGCUCUGGACUUCCACCUCUGCUCAACAAUGUCAAUGUACUCAUCAUCAUACUUUGGAUCCGCUUGCCUGAUCUUGACCUUAGUAACCAUAUGAUAUAAGAAGCUCAUUUGAGGGUAUCUCUCGCUAUCCCCAGCUCUGAAUACUCGAUAUAGUGGUUCGAUUGCCUUAACUAUUCUCUCGACUCACUUCCAGAACUACUGGCUUGUCACUAAACCCUCCAUAUAACUGCCUUUCGUGCCACUAAGAAGCAUAUUUAUUCUCCUACCACUCGGCACUCAUGAACAUUUGAUGCAGGCUUGCCUUCUUUUCAAUAAAGCUAUCAAGUGCAAUGUAGUGCAUGGUAAAGCGAGUGAUUGCUACCUUAGUAUCUCACCCCGAUGUGCUUCCUCAUUGAAGAAAAUAUCCAUGUGUGGUUAUAUAUGAACUUUGUGAUAACAUGGGUUGUCUCUACCACUUGCUUCACUCUAAGGAUCCUGCCUGUGCUUCCUUAUCAAAGAUAAAACCUAUGUAGUAUGUAUGGUUACAGGAGGUUUUUUUUUUUUCUUUUUUUUUGAAGAAGGGAAGGCAAAGAAGUUACGAGAGGCCUCCUAUGUCUCCCACCCUAAUUAUUGGGUCGGUAAAGGGCUUGAACCUGAACCUUCUUGAACCAAGUAGAACCAAGCAAUCCCACUUAGUUAGGCCCGGUUUGGGUCGGUUCAAGCCACUUGCUGACUCAAACCUUGUUUCGACACGGUAACUAAUCAAUUUGGGUUGAUACACCCCAAACUGGACGGUUAGUGAUGAAAAGGCAGCCCUCGGAUAUAACAUUGUGAUAGUGAUCAGGGAAAAUGAACAAUUAUGUUCGUUGCAGAAUUAUAAAUUUCCGUCAAAUAUUUCCUUAAUAAAUUAGUAAAAUAAGGUGCAGAAUGUUCUGUACAACUAUGUUCAAUUUUGUAAUGCUGCUUGUUAAGGUAGAUGAGCACCAAUAAUUGCCAGUCUUUUGAGUUCAUUGGUGUGCCGUUCUUACAGGUUACAUUAUGCAAGCCCUGAUGAGCUCUCAGUGGUCUUCUAAUUGAUGAAUUGAGUUGUAUUCCUUGAUCAUGACUUUGUCUCAAUGUAUGUGCCAUGUCUUUCUGUUUGUCUUGUUGGGUAAUAGCUUGUGCCUCAGGGAUAAAUGUUGUUCUUUCCAUCAUACUUGCCGUUCUUCCACUUUUUACGGAUGCUUUCUAAGCCAAGCAAAAGUUAGUGGUUUGCUCCAUGGUUAUUUGACCUAAAUUGCAUAAGCAAUAAGAAUGUAGUUCUACUCCAAUUGGCCUUCUAGCCUUCAGGAAUCAUGGAAACCUCUAUCUUGCUCAAAGUUGUGUUUCAUGCCAAAUUAGAAAGUUGAUUCCAGACUGGGAGUUGGUUGUAAAACAUCUCAAACUUCAACGAGUCAUGUUUUGAUCCAUAAAACUGCCCACAUAUGGACGGAAUAUGGUUUGGGUAUUAUGAAAUUUAGUAAGCUACAUAUUUAAUAUGUGAUUUUGAAAGCAAGAAUAAGGUAACAGUUUCAGACCAUAGUUAAUAUGAAUACGUAUUCCACAUCAGCAGUUAACCAUUAAUUAUAUGAUAUUCUAACUUGCUGAUCAAUUUCAUACUAAAUUUUAUGUCUUUUGCUUGCAAGCAGGUUGCCAUCCAUGAGUGUAUAAACUCACAAUUUUGACCUCCUAUAAGAUGACUAAUGGUGCUGAUUGGUACAGUAUGGUCACUAAAUACUUGUUCCAGAGUAAUCAGAAUAGUAUACAGUUUAAGGUCUGCUUAUGAAUCUUUAAAAGCUUAAAUAUGUUACCGAAAUAUGUCAUCUACUAGACUAAGCUGACUAGAUUUUUUCUUUUUUAAAUUUAAAAACUUUCAUUUCAUGCCAUGUCACAUCAACGAAAAAGAAGAAAAAUGCAUUAGGCUUCACUAAAAGUUUCUGACGCUUAAGCUACUCCUGUUUAAUAGCUAAGUGCUUGUUGUGUAGCAAGUCUUAACGAACUGACUAUACAGGGGCUUGGUCCACAUUGUAUUGAGACAUUGGGGUAUGAGGGUAUCUACCAUGUGCUGUACUGAGGCGUAUUGAGGAACCAUAUAGGCAUAUGUGGUAUGCACCAUUACCAGCAUAUUCUGUUUGUUGGGGUGCCAAGGAGUACUCUACCGUGUCUGCUGACUCCAAGUAUCUAGAAUUGUUAGCACUCUGAAAAUAAUGACACCUGGAAGUGUCCCAGACUCCAGCAGUAUUGCAUAUGAACUGUGGUCAUGUUGGUAUUGUGCCUAGUAUUUUUGGCAUGAUCAACUAGAAGUAUUCCUGUGCCUUCCAAUUUCUUUAAGGCAUAUGUUGUACACUUCAUCAGCUUUUGCUCUUGUAUUUGUGCAAGUUUCUAUUUGUGACUUUGUUAUGCAGCAUUUUGCUAUAAAACAACAAGCCACAUCGAUUUAAAGAAGGAAAAAAAAAAUCAACAUACUCUGUUUUGCAU